GAAAGAACAGGAGGACAAAAAAAAAAAAAAAAAGUCCCGGUCCGACUGUGCGUCCGACCGACUGCUUACGUGAAUCCUAUCCCGCUAACACUCGCUCCGCUUCGGCCUGGAUGCUGCUGGAAGCCCCUUUUGGACUUUUCCCUGGUUCUUUUUUUUUUUUUUUUGGUCCGCGGCGAUCCGCGUUUCUCCCCGCCCGGUUUGAGUGCGAGGCAGCUGGGCUGCAUGGGGGAUGGAGGCUCAGUGAGUCCGGGCUGUGAGCGGACUGAUUUUGAAGGGGUGUCGGAGGUGUGGGGGGUCGGUGUGUGAAGAACAAGCCCCAGGCCCUGCUUUGCUUUGUUAUCCCGGGCUCCGUUUAGCAGCAGCCCUCCUCCCUUCCUCGGCUUUCUCAUCGUGUUUUCCAGCCUAUUUCUCCCCCGUGUUUCUCCGUGCGUGGAGCCGUUUUCCUCACAGACGCUGGAAGGAGAGAGCAGAGGGAAACACACAUGGAGAUAUUUAGGAUUUAAACCCCGCAACGUAUUCACUAUCCCUCUUUUUCUGCGGCUUGUUUUUUGUAUUGAGUUUAUUUUGAAGGACGAUUCCAGAAAAAGAGAUCCUUUUUAUAUCUGUUUCUCUCUCUCUUUACCCUUUGUAUCCUCUGUCUACUCAUCCAUCUCUCCCUGUAUACCCCUAUCUCCUUAAAUCCCCCCUCUCCACCUCCAUCUGUCUCGCUCUUUUUUUCCUACCUUUCAGUCUCUACCUCUCCCCCUCUGUCUGUCUCCACCCCUCCAUCUAUCUCUCCUUAAUUUCCUACCUUUCAGUCUCUGUCUGCCUCCAUCCCUCCGUCUGUCUCUGUGGAUGUCCUCCCUCGUCCCGCCGCCCUCCAUCAUGGCUCCGGUGUUCCGGUUCUCCUGGUUCCGCUGCCUGCUGGUUCUGCUGGUUCUCCCCGCCGCCCGGAGCUCGUUCGCCCGCAGCGGAGGCAGCAGCAGUGCGGACUGCGGCCCCGGGAAGGCCGCCGACUGCCCCGAUAUAUCGGAGAAGAAGAGCGACCUGCGAGUGUGUGACGCCGGGACGUGUCGCUUUGGAGGAAUCUGCCGCGAGAACGGAGCCGACAUCAAAUGUGUCUGCCAGUUCCACUGUAAUAAGAAGUACGUCCCCGUGUGCGGGACCAACGGAGACACGUACCAGAACGAGUGCUUCCUGAGGCGCGCCGCCUGCAAGAAACAGCGAGCCAUCACCAUCCUGUCAGAGGGAGCCUGUUACCACGACGGUGCUUCAGGAUCUGGUGACGGAGAUGACGAGGGCUCUGGGCGCGGUAAAAAGGUCUCGAAAUGUGGAAACUGCAAGUUUGGAGCCGAAUGUGACGAAGACUCUGAGGAUAUGCUCUGCAUGUGCAACAUCGUGUGCAACGGCCACAACGAUAACCCGGUUUGCGGUGGCGAUGGCGUCACCUACGACACGCCCUGCCACGUCCGAGAGGCAUCCUGCCUCAAACAGCUCAAGAUCGACAUCAAACACGUGGGACGUUGCCAAGAUAAAAGUAGGAAGGAUGACAGCGUGAAGACCAAGCCCCCCAUCUUCGCCGCGCCGAAGCCUGGCGAGGGGGAGGAGUUUGAGGACAGCCCCGCCCCCUGCUCGGAAGACUACGCCCUGUUCUGUGAGCACGGCCAGUGUGAACUGAGACACAACCUGCCCACCUGCAGGUGUGAGGCAGCGUACGGUGGUCCCCAGUGUGACCAGCUGCUGGACUUUAACAUCCUGUACGUGGUGCCCAGCGGCCAGAAGCUGCACUACGUCCUCAUCGCCGCCAUCAUCGGCGCCGUUCAGAUCGCCGUCAUCGUAGCUGUGGUCAUGUGUUUCACCAGGAGGUGCAACAAGACGAAGCGUGGGCGGCGACAGAAGCAGCACCUCGGCCACUUCCCGUCGGGAACGUCCUCCAGGAUGAUGUAGCCGCUCUCCUUUUUCUUUUUCUCUCUCUCUCUCUCUCUCUCUCUCUCUCUCUCUCUCUCUCAUGUUUUUAUGAAAUACAAGAAGUCUACAUUUUUCGUACCACACAGACUGACUGCAUUUUUUAUAUCCUGACUUUUUGGUGCCUCUUUUUUUCCCUUUUUUAAAAAUAUUUUUUUUGGAUUUCUUAAGGGGCCUUAUUUUGAAGAUUUUCCUCCAAUGUUUGAUUUUUUUAAAAAAAGAAUUUUUUUUGUCACUGUUGUCUGCAGAUGAUUUUAUGUUUUCAUCAGGCGGAGCGGAGACCUCUCAGACUCUGAAACACUGUGGAUCCUCCGCCAGGAAAUGAACAUUAUUUAUCUGAUUGUAUCUUCACGUUGGACCGUCCACAUUCAACACGUACAAACUGGGAAAACACAGAUUGUCUCUUUGCAGACUGAUCUCAUGAAGUGGCGUAUGUAUGACACGCUAAUUCGCAUGCCAUUUUGGCGUGUUAUCAAGACGCAUACUUGCUUUUUAGCGUAUUAAUCAACAGCGUUUGCGUAGAGGCACUAAAUUGGGCUUGGGAGUGAGCAUGAGGGGCCUGGAGCAUGUUAACCCAGGCUAAGAGCCACUUACUUCAGCCUGGAGGUGAGGCUGAGGGCCCUGGAGGUCAAGGCCCAGCCAUAGAGGCACUGACCUGGGCUUGACAGGGAGCAUGAGGGGCCUGGAUCCAUUGACUUACAUUACCUUGCGAUUGCGUGUGAAUUGGCGCCGUAGGGAGUAGUACGAACGCAGGACUGUCACCCAGGAGACUGUGGAUCGUGUCCCACGUGUGGCUUGCCUAAAGCCAACCCCGUUGUUCUUUUCCUAAUCCCAACCG